AGCUGCUCGAGCAUAUGAAAUUCGCCGUGUGUCUCUAAUUCGAUACCUUCAGCGGGAGGAAGAAAUACAAGCACUGGGAGCUUUCGGGCCUGUUUUCACGCCGGCUGAAGAAAACGAAUUGAUGCAACAUUUAAUUGCUGCGGAGUCUACUUGCUACGGAAUUACUGCUAAGGAUGCGAGAAGCUUGGCGUAUCAACUCGCGGAGAAAAACAAUAAAAAACAUCCGUUCAACAAGUCCACAAUGCUAGCAGGUACCGACUGGUUGCAAUCUUUUAGAAAACGACAUCCGGAGCUUUCAUUACGCACACCGGAGGCAACAUCGGCUGCCCGAGCUCAAGGAUUCAAUCGAGUGUCCGUUAAUUCCUUUUUCGAGCUGCUGGAGAAACAGUUGGAAUCGGGAAAAUUUCCUCCGAGUCGUAUUUACAAUGUCGAUGAAACCUCCGUGUUGACAGUACAAACUAAGAAAUCGAAAGUGCUCGCCCUCAAAGGAAGGAGACAAGUAGGUUGUAUUACUUCCGCGGAUCGAGGGGUUCUGUCGACGGCAUGUAUGUGCGUUUCGGCAGCGGGACAUUUCCUUCCACCCAUGCUGAUCUUCCCACGAUCACGCUUAACGGAUCAGUUAAAGAAAGGAGCACCCGCGGAGAGCGUUUUCAGCUGUAAUGGAUCGGGAUGGAUGACCAUAGCAGAUUUCAACAUAUGGUUUAACCAUUUUUUGGCACAGACCCGUCCUAGUCCACAGGCUCCUGUGUUGCUUCUAUUGGACGGUCAUGUAUCCCACGUUAAAAAUUUGACACUUGACGAGAAUUACUCACUUAUUGAAAAAGCUCGUAAUAACAAUGUUACCAUCCUCUGUUUUCCGCCUCACUGCAGCCACAAGCUGCAGCCUUUAGAUGUGGCCUUUAUGGGCCCUUUCAAAACUAAUGUUUCAAUAUCUAUUGAAAAAUAUUUGAAACAGAAUCCUGGAAAGGUUGUAACGUUGAACGAAAUCAGCAGUUUGGUUGGAAAUGCUUUUUCACAGACAUCUGUUCCUGCCACUGCUAUAAACGGAUUCAGAAAAACUGGCAUAGUGCCAUUCAAUAAGUAUAUAUUUAACGAAACCGACUUCGCUCCUUCUAUGGUAACGGAUGUUCCAAUAGAAGAUGAUGGUGAUUCUGAUGGACCAUUUUUAGGAUUCGAAGAUGAUAUGAAUAGAAUGCCGUCUGUACAAGCACCUGUUGAGUUCACAUCAAACAUUCAACAUGCAACAUCACAAGUCCGUCCAAGUAAAAGACUUACCUCAUCUGUGUCACACAGCUAA